AAGCCGUAGUUUCCUUUGUAGUACUUCCGCCCUCACAGAGGUCCGAGAGCGCGAUCAGCCGGUGCCAGAUCAAAAUACAAACAAUGGGCAAGAAGCACAAAAAGCACAAGUCCGAAAAGCACGGUUAUGCAGAAUAUGGCGAGAGGCCACUGAAGCUGGUGUUAAAAGUGUCUGGUCACGAAGUGACGACGGGAAAAUCAAGCCUGGAUGCAUUUUAUGACGAACAACCGGUGGACUGUGACAAGCCCAAAGACAAGAAGAAGAAAAAGAAGAAGGAUAAAGAGAAACGCUUUGGUUUACCAGAGGAUGACAAGGGAAAGAAAAAGAUUACAAAAAAGAAGAAAGGACAAGAUGCAGAUGGAGACGACGACAGGGAGCAAAGCAGAACUCCUAUCCGUUCAGAGUUGGAUAAACUGGAAGAAAAAGAACAGACUCCGCUGCAGGAAGCAUUGAACCAGCUCAUCAGGCAGCUCCAAAGGAAAGACCCCAGUGCUUUCUUCUCAUUUCCAGUGACGGACCUUAUUGCUCCUGGCUACUCUUCAAUCAUCAAACGGCCUAUGGACUUUAGUACAAUGAAGGACAAAGUAAAGAAAGAGUUGUACCAGUCAUUGGAUGAGCUCAAGGUGGAUUUCAGGAUUAUGUGUGAAAAUGCCAUGAUUUACAACAAACCUGAUACAAUCUACCAUAAAGCUGCUCGGAAGCUGUUACACUCUGGAAUGAAGAUCUUGAGUCAGGAGAGGCUGGAGAGUCUGAAGCAGAGCAUAGAGUUUAUGUCUGGCCUCAACCCUUGUGCCAAGCAAGCAGUGAAGUCUGAGGAACAAGGGGGCACCGGCCUGGACGGAGAGGGCCCUGUGACCGCAGAGACCAGCGAGCUCUCCCAAACACCCAGCACACCCAGACAGGACAAGGACUCCAAAGACGAAGCGGCAAAGGCAGAGAAAGAGCUGGAGGAAAUCCGCAAGGUCAUCGAGGAGUCAGGAGGAAAGCUGUCCAACAGGGUGCUGCAGUGUGGUUUUGAGUUUUCAAGGAGGAAGUCUGACGGCUCCACCACUCUGGCUAUCCUCAACCCAGCAGAUCCAUCAGCUGGUGAGGUUGGUUACUGUCCUGUGAAACUGGGCAUGAUGUCCAAUCGGCUGCAGAGUGGUGUGAACACCCUGCAGGGCUUCAGGGAGGACAAGAGGAACAGGAUCACUCCAGUGUCCUACAUGAACUAUGGGCCGUUCACCUCCUAUGCACCCACCUACGACUCCAGCUUCGCCAACAUCAGCAAGGAGGAUUCUGACCUGAUCUACUCGUUCUAUGGAGAGGAGUCCAGUCUGCAGGGCUCAGACAGUUUAUCAGAGUUCCUGGCCAAAUCAGACGAGUACAUGUACAAACUGGCAGACAAUCUUCUGGAUGCAGUGACAAACGGAGAGCAUUCAAAAACUCUGAUGGAGACUGAGCCAGUUGGGGAGGCAGCAAAUACACUAGAGAGCAAGGAUGACACUAAGGUAGCUGAACCCGAACCAUCUAUCUGCAGCAGGCUCAGCUUCCUGCACGCUGCUGCAGGCCUGCAGAUGGCUGAGGAGCUCUCUGGAGAGGCCCUGCACUUCCAGCAGAAAUUGGACGAAACUACAAAGCUGUUGCACGAUUUGCAGGAAGCACAGAAGGAGCGUCUGAGUGCCAGGCAGCCUCCUAACAUGAUCUGCUUGCUAGCCCCGACUGCCAAGGAGCUGGAGCUGGCUGAGAAGGUAACUGGGAACCUGGCCGAGCUAACUAGCCAAGUGGCUCCAUGUGACGUUAGCAGCAUCUUCGGCAUCAGGAAGGCCAUGGGCAUCGCUGUACCUCCAGAGCCACCUGAGCACUUCAUAGACCUCUCUACAGUGCAAGAGAUGGCUGAACCAAUGGAGACCUUGUCCAGCUGCCAGGAUGCGGUUCCAGUUGUUGCUGUAUAAUGAAAUUCCAAUCACCCUCAUUCAGUUAAAUAACUUAAGUUUUAUACAAAAAAGUGUUUUUUGUGACAUUUGUAUGCAUUCAACC